CACCCGUUGUUAUAAAUACCGAACGGGGAGAGAGGCGGAGGCCUCGUCUUCGUAGAUCCCGCGCGAUAGAGGAAUCGAAAGCAUUCGGAAGAACGAUUUCAUUCGCUAACGGUGAUGAAGGGAGACAAUGACAUGGUGUUCAUGGCGGCAGAGGUGACAGUGGAGAAGAAAUCCAGGUUUCGGAGGAUAUGCGUGUUCUGCGGGAGUCAGUGCGGGAAGAAGACUAGCUACCAGGAGGCCGCCAUCGAGCUCGGCAAGGAACUGGUGAACAGUGGAAUCGAUCUGGUGUACGGAGGAGGGAGCAUUGGGUUGAUGGGCCUCGUUUCUCACGCAGUUCAUGAUGGGGGACGCCAUGUCUUGGGGGUUAUUCCGAAAUCCUUGAUGCAGAAGGAGCUUACUGGUGGAACAGUUGGAGAAGUUAGAGCUGUAUCAGACAUGCAUGAAAGGAAAGCUGAGAUGGCUCGCCAGGCAGAUGCCUUCAUUGCUUUGCCUGGUGGAUAUGGGACACUCGAGGAACUACUUGAGGUCAUUACAUGGGCUCAGCUUGGAAUCCACAAGAAGCCGGUUGGACUGCUGAAUGUUGAUGGCUUUUACAAUUCAUUGUUAUCAUUCAUUGAUAUGGCUGUCGAGGAAGGGUUCAUAUCACAAGCUGCUCGCCACAUCAUUAUAUCUGCCCAUUCAGCCAAGGAGCUGAUGAGGAAACUUGAGGAAUAUGUACCUGAGUACGAAUCGACGGUGGUAUGGGAUACCGAACAGAAGGCACUGAGCUUUGUGCCGGAACUGGAGUCCAGUAUUGCAUCCUAAUCUCCCUUCGGCGCCGGCCGCUUGGCUUUCCUCCCUU